AUGGUGACGAACGGAUCUCCAACAGCUACCCCGACUGAUUCCCGUGCUGGCACCAUGCAGCCAGAGUCCACCUUGCCUUCGUCCCCAAUGACCGAACUCACAAAUGGAGAGACGAAACCUAUGUCAGAUAACGGGGGAAAUACUGGACAGGAUCAAUCGACAGAGAAGAAGGAUGAAGAUGUCGAAGGCAUGGAUACCAAGGCUAAGGGCCUGAUGCACUUGUUGCAGAGCAGUUCGUUAUUCGUCGCCCUCAUGUCGGAUAAAAUGAAAAAGCAGCAGGAAGAGGCUCGACAGCGAGCCAUGAAACGCCACCACUCUGCCGCCGACGAGAAAGUCAAGUCUGCACCCGCACCCACACCCGCAGCCACAACUGCCAACCGACGCGGCACAAGAAAUCGAAAGUCAGGAGCUGCAGUCGAAGAAGAGGCCCCCACAGCGAACGAUGCACCCGCACAGAAGAAAGGCCGUACAACAAGGAAGAGUGGUGGUGGCACUAUCUCGAACUACUUCAAAAAGGCCGAGGUGGAGGUCAAGGAAGACAAUCCCACUGUGCAGGAGGUGCUGGAGAAUGCAGCUGAUGAAUACGAGUCAAAGCCGACUGCCAUCGGCGAGCAAGAUCUCGUUGCGACCCAACAACCGGCGCUGAUCACGGGUGGCAAGAUGCGCACAUAUCAGCUAGAGGGCCUUGAGUGGCUGAAGACCCUAUGGAUGAACGGUCUCUCCGGUAUUCUGGCCGACGAAAUGGGGCUGGGAAAGACAAUCCAAGCCAUCUCAAUGAUUGCUUUCCUGAAGGAGAAUAAUGUCUCCGGGCCCUUCUUAAUCGCUGCUCCGCUCAGCACAGUUAGUAACUGGGUAGAUGAGUUUAAGAGGUGGUGCCCCAAGAUCAAGACGGUCCUAUAUCAUGGAUCUAAAGCCGAACGAGAAGCGCUCCGCAGAAAGCAUAUGAAAAUGCGCAACCAAGGAGAUAUGGACUUCCCCAUUAUUUGUACCUCAUAUGAGAUUUGUAUGAAUGAUCGUAAAUUCCUCGGGCAGUACCAAUGGAGGUACAUCGUUGUGGUAUAUUUUGACUCUCAAUUUUACAGGCUCCAAAACUUGCUAAUUGGAAAUAUAGGACGAGGACAUCGCCUGAAAAAUAUGAAUUGCCGUCUCAUCAAAGAGCUUAUGGCCUAUCGAUCUGCCAACCGUCUCUUGAUUACGGGAACGCCGUUGCAGAAUAAUAUCUCUGAGCUUUGGUCACUAUUGCAUUUCCUCCUACCGGAAGUCUUUGAUGAUUUAAAUAGCUUCGAAAGCUGGUUCGACUUUUCGUCCGUACUGGAUGAUAGCGGCAAAGCGGAGCUCCUCGAGCGCCGGAAGCGCAAUCUCGUGACAACAAUGCAUUCGAUUUUGAAGCCUUUCCUUCUGCGGCGAGUCAAGACAGAUGUCGAAACCGAUCUUCCAAAGAAGCGCGAGUACAUUUUGUACGCUCCUCUUACAUCUGAGCAAAAAGAACUUUACAGAGAAAUCCUCAGCGGUACAGGCCGACAAUACCUCGAAACAAAGGCUCUGGAGCGUUUGACAGCUAAGAACCCAACUCUCUCUCGCUCGUCAAGCCGAAAGCGACGGCGGGAAAGCAGCGAGUCCGAAACACCGAACAAGAGUAUGCGAUCAAGUGGAGCUUCUACUCCUAGUGCUAGUGCCAGUGUCAGCACCAGCUCUAGUCGCCGCCGCCGCGGUCCUCAAAGUUACAAAGAAAUAGGCGACCGGGAGUUCGAUGCGAAGCUGCGUAUGCUUGACAAGGGAAUCGCAGUCGAGGAGGAGGAGGAAGCCCAACCAAGCGAUACCGAGCUCGAGGAGAUUGAAAGAGCCGAGACAAUUAAGCUUGCUAAAAAAGAAAUUGCACAGAAGAAGAUGCAAAACCCUGUCCUGCAGGCCCGUUUGGCCUGCAAUUCCCCGCACAAUUUCUACUGGCCUUGGACAGAUGAGACAUCUGGUGUAGACGAGUCUCUCGUGUCGGCUUCCGGGAAGAUGCUUCUCUUGGACCGACUCGUCCCCCAUCUCCUGAAGAGGGGACACAAGAUCCUAAUAUUUUCUCAAUUCAAGACCCAGCUGAGUAUCAUCGAAGAAUGGUCCACCCAGCUCCGGUCUUGGCCAUGCUGUCGCAUUGACGGAGCCAUGGCUCAAUCCGAACGCCAGGCCCAAAUCAAAUCAUUCAACACGGACAAUAGCCACAAAAUUUUCCUCCUCAGCACCCGUGCCGGUGGACAAGGUAUCAACCUGACUGCCGCCGACACGGUAAUUCUCUUCGAUUCAGACUGGAACCCACAACAAGAUCUGCAAGCCCAGGACCGCGCCCACCGCAUCGGUCAAAAGAAGCCCGUGAUUGUCUACCGACUAGCGACAAAAGGAACGGUAGAACAAACUCUACUUGAAAAGGCAGACUCCAAGCGCCGCCUCGAGCGCCUUGUGAUUCAAAAGGGCAAGUUCCGCUCGUUGCUGGACACGAGUGGUGCCAAUGCGCAAGAGCUCGAAGAUUUGCGCCAGGCUCUUGGAGAAGAUGAAUUCGAGCGCUUCGAGCUUAAUGAUCAGUCGAUUCUUUCGGAUGAAGAACUCGCUAUCUUGACGGAUCGGAGCGAAGAGGCCUACUCCCGUGCCGAGAAGGGUCUUGAUAAGACCGGUCAUGCCUUUGUGGCUGUGGAGACUAAGCGUGGUGGUGAAGAGUCUCUGAUGUCUUGA